UGUUUUGCUUACACCAGGUGCACGCUGGCUGCGGGCAGCACAAAGCCGAGGGAGAGAGCGAACGAGCGAGCGAGCGCACUGGUGGGCAGGCAGAGCGAGGCGGCAGCCGCGGCCCCGUCAGCACCAGCGCUAGCCCGGGCAUAAGGACCGGGGGCCGGCAGCGGCAGGCGCCGGGGCCGGCAGCACCAGCAGCAGACGACAGUCACAUCCCCGCCACCGCGGGCGCCCCAGCCAAGGAGCCUGCGGCUAGACUUGGCCGUCACCUAACUGGGGGAAGGAAGCAGCUGUGGCCGCGGAGCCCCACCCCCUCCAGUCCUGCACACCCCCCUCCCCCAAGACAGCCGGUUCUGGCUCCCCAGCCCCUGUCCCCUCGGCUCCAGGAGUCCCGGUGCAGCAGCUGUUGCAUGUGUCGCUGCCUCCCGGAGCCCUGCCAUCUCCCGGGCUCCUGCCUCUAGCGCCGGGGUCGAGGGCGCGCUGUUGCUGCGGACUGGGUGGCUCGGCUCUGUCCAGCCUCCGCUAGUCCUCCCCCGCCACUCUCCAACCCCUUCAUCCCUCCACGCACCCCCGGCGCCGGGUCGGGCUGGGCUCCUCCGCGCCGGGCCUCUCUCGGCACGUCUCCAGACAUUGAUUUGGCUGAACUAAUUCAUGCUGUGGAGCUUUGUGCCCAGUCCUGGAAUUGAGAAGUGCUGUUAAAAGACUCCCAAUCACUUCCUGCCCUUUGAAAACUCAGAAAAUCACUCUUCAGACUCCAGAGAGCCCACACAUCACAACUAAAACUUUGCUUGAAUGUUUGUGUUUUGUGCUUCCUCUCCUGGAUCUCUCUUUCUAGUCUUUGGACUUUAUUAAAUUAUAAGAAAGUGGAGGCUUAAACUUCCCACCAAACAUGGCUAGGAUUCGCUUUGCCUUAGUAGCUUGCCAUUUGGUAUUGGAAUUGCUAGUGAAUUCAUUAACUGAGUCUUCCAUGCAGAGUAAUGAAUGUCCACAACUUUGUGUGUGUGAAAUCAGGCCAUGGUUCACUCCACAAUCCACAUACAGAGAGGCCACAACAGUGGACUGCAAUGACCUUCGCUUAACAAGAAUUCCCAGCAAUCUUUCAGGUGACACACAAGUCCUCCUCUUACAGAGCAACAACAUUGCCAAGACCUCCGAUGAGCUCCAACAGCUUUUCAACUUGACAGAGUUGGAUUUUUCACAAAACAAUUUCACAAGUAUACGGGAAGUGGGGCUGGCUAAUCUCACCCAGCUCACUACCCUCCAUCUGGAGGAAAAUCAGAUCACGGAGAUGACUGAUUACUGUCUGCAGGACCUCAGCAAUCUACAAGAACUCUACAUAAACCAUAACCAGAUCAGCAGCAUUUCUGCUAAUGCCUUUUCUGGGCUAAAGAAUCUCCUGAGGCUCCACCUCAAUUCCAACAAAUUGAAAGUGAUCGACAGUCGCUGGUUUGAUUCAACCCCCAACCUGGAAAUCCUUAUGAUUGGGGAAAAUCCAGUGAUUGGAAUCUUAGAUAUGAAUUUUAAGCCCCUUUCAAAUUUACGCAGCUUGGUUUUGGCAGGAAUGUAUCUCACUGACAUUCCUGGAAAUGCCUUAGUGGGCUUGGACAGCCUUGAGAGUCUUUCUUUUUAUGACAAUAAGUUGGUCACCGUGCCUCAACUUGCACUUCAGAAAGUUCCAAACUUGAAAUUUCUAGACCUCAACAAAAACCCAAUUCACAAAAUCCAAGAAGGGGACUUUAGAAAUAUGUUGAGGUUAAAAGAACUCGGCAUCAACAAUAUGGGGGAACUGGUAUCAGUGGAUCGCUAUGCGCUCGAUAAUCUGCCCGAGCUUACAAAACUUGAAGCCACCAAUAAUCCCAAAUUGUCUUACAUUCAUCGCUCAGCUUUUCGCAACGUCCCCGCUCUUGAAAGCUUGAUGCUCAACAACAAUGCCUUGAAUGCUGUUUACCAAAAGACAGUAGAAUCUCUUCCUAACCUGCGUGAGAUCAGCAUUCACAGCAAUCCUCUGAGGUGUGACUGUGUCAUCCACUGGGUUAAUUCCAACAAAACCAAUAUCCGAUUCAUGGAGCCCCUGUCCAUGUUUUGUGCCAUGCCUCCUGAAUACAGAGGACAGCAGGUAAAGGAAGUUUUAAUUCAGGACUCAAGUGAACAGUGCCUCCCUAUGAUUUCCCAUGACACAUUUCCAAAUCAUUUGAACAUGGACAUAGGUAUGACGCUAUUCCUAGAUUGUCGAGCCAUGGCUGAACCCGAGCCUGAAAUUUACUGGGUGACGCCACUUGGAAAUAAAAUAACCGUGGAAACUCUUUCAGACAAGUAUAAGCUGAGCAAUGAAGGCACUUUGGAAAUCACUAGUAUACAGAUAGAAGACUCAGGGAGAUAUACUUGUGUUGCCCAAAACGUAGAAGGGGCAGAUACCCGAGUAGCUACUAUAAGGGUCAACGGAACUCUUUUGGAUGGUACUCAGGUACUGAAAAUCUACGUCAAACAGACAGAAUCUCAUUCCAUCUUAGUCUCCUGGAAGGUUAAUUCCAACGUCAUGACUUCAAACUUAAAAUGGUCAUCUGCCACGAUGAAGAUCGAUAACCCCCAUAUCACGUAUACUGCCAGGGUCCCCGUUGAUGUUCACGAAUACAACUUAACACAUCUUCAGCCGUCCACUGAUUAUGAAGUGUGUCUCACAGUAUCCAACAUCCAUCAGCAGACUCAGAAGUCUUGUGUUAACGUCACCACAAAGAAUGCUGCUUUUGCACUUGACAUUUCAGAUCAGGAAACUAGCACUGCCCUGGCAGCAGUCAUGGGGUCAAUGUUUGCAGUUAUUAGCCUGGCCUCCAUUUCAGUGUAUGUAGCCAAAAGGUUUAAGAGGAAAAAUUACCACCAUUCAUUAAAAAAAUAUAUGCAAAAAACCUCUUCAAUUCCCUUGAAUGAGCUGUAUCCUCCACUAAUUAACCUUUGGGAUGGUGACAGUGAAAAAGACAAAGAUGGUUCUGCAGAAACCAAGCCAACUCAAGUUGACACAUCCAGAAGCUAUUACAUGUGGUAACUCAGUGGAUAUUUUGCUUCUGGUAGUAAGGAGCACAAAGACGUUUUUGCUUUAUUCUGCAAAAGUAACAAAGUUUGAAGACUUUUGUAUUUUUUGACUUUGCUAGUUUGUGGCAGAGUGGUGAGGACGGGUGGAUAUUUCCAAAUUUUUUAGUAUAGCGUAUCGCCAUGGUUUGACACAAUUGGCGGCUUCUCCAAGCUUCCACUAUGUGUUUGGGUUUUAUUAUUAUUAUAUUAUGAUUAUUUUAUUUUGUUUUAGUUGUUGUGCUAAACUUAAUAAUGCUGUUCUAACUACAGUGCUCAAUAAAAUUAUUCAAGAAAGGUCGGGGUUCCCCUGUGAUUCUACCGACAGCAUGACCCCCCCUUCUUCUGAAGCCAUCAGUAGAGAGUACAGUGUCCUGCAAAAAAGCUAACAUGCAGUUUGAGGCUGUGUUGAAUUAUGUAGAAGUCUGGCUACAGACUCUUCACCCAAGAAGCCAAGACUAGACUUGCUACCUUUGUUGAAUGAUGUUAGUUGACUGUACUGUAAUGUUGUAUCAACUGAACCUUGAAUGUUUUGACUUUGAACAAUGCCUUUUUUUCUCUCUCUUUUUUUGGGUAAUAGUUUAAGAGGCUUAGGUCAAGCUAACAGGCAAUAGAACUAUGUAUAUCAAUUUUUUAAUGUAACAAACUACAUGUUAAUUGUUAUCUUAUUCUUUUUAUUAUAUUUAGUAGACACUUUUAAAAAGACCAGAAUUUUGUUGUGUUUAAUCCACCAACAUGUGGUGUAUAAUGAAGACAGAGCUAUAAUAAAUUAGUUUUGUUCUGAUUUUUUUUAGAACAGUUACA